AUGCUUGAGAGUCUAAACAAGAUUGAUCUUUCCGGUAAUCACUUGGUUACUGAUAAAUCCCUUUUGUCUCUAUGCCAGCAUUGCAGAUCAUUAGAAGAAAUUUCAUUUUUCACAUGUUUUAAGAUAACACAAUUUAGAAUUGCUUCUGCAUUCCGAAUGAGACCAUCUUUGGCUUCCAUUUCCUUCAACAUUGAAAAGAAAAGAAUACAUGGACCUGGUUUGACGCUCGUGCCCAUUAACGUGGAUUUGAUCGAUUCGCUCGCUAGUUUGAAAAGAUUAAAUGUUGUUGAUUUGUCAAACUCUUUUAUCUCAGACGAGUUUCUUAUUUCACUUGCAAACAGCGCUGGUAAUUUUCUGAAGAAGCUUAUCCUCCAUGAUUGUUGCAACUUUACAUUUUCAGGAAUCUCUUAUGUGUUAUCCAAAUGUCAAUAUAUUCAAUGUCUAGAUCUUCGAAAAGCCGACUUUCUUACGGAUCAAUGUAUCAAGAAGUUAUCUAUGUUUCUUCUUAACUUGACCUCUAUAAACCUUAGUGGGUGUUUCCAGCUGACAAACUCAACCUUUUUCAUUCUCACAAAAUAUUGCCAGUUACUCAAUGAGAUCAAAAUGGAGAGAACAUAUAUUGGGGUAGAUGGGGAGGAAGAUUUCAAUUCCAUGACCGAUUUUUCCAUCAACCUUCAAGUAAAAGUGGUUUAUUUCGGUGAUAAUGUUUUACUGAAUGAUGUAAGUUUAUCAAAAUUUUCUUCCAUUUGUCAUAAUUUACAAUUUCUCGACUUAAGUGCCUGUGAGGGCAUCUCUGAAGAAUGUGUUGUUGAGGUUAUGAAGAGAUGUAGUAAGAUAAGGCAUUUAAAUCUUUCCUAUACAGGAAUUGAAAAGUUUCAGAUAAACUUUGAAAUUUUACAAUUAGAGGUGUUGAAUUUUUCAGGGUUGAGAAUUCAAGAUGAAACAUUGUUUAUAAUCUGGAAAUUGUGCAUAGGACUAUUGUCUCUAGACAUCCAAAAUUGUUGCUAUAUCACAACUAAGGGUGUGAGGGAAGUAAUAGAAAAUUGCAAAGGAUUAAAAGAGUUAAAUUUAAAGAACUGUCAAUUGGUGGAUGAUGAUUUUGUAUUUAUGCAAACUCUUACAAAGCCAUCUUUGAGAACAAUAAUAACGCCUUCUGGUGUUAAUGUUUAUUACUGA